AGCGCAGAGAGCUUCACAUCAUGUCCGGAGUUGCCUCUAAAGCUGCGCCUCUUGGCUCCAUCAACAACCCAGUAAAAUUUAAGGAUCAAGACUUUGAGAAACUGAAGGCAGAAUGCUUGGCCUCUGGCACUUUAUUUGAAGAUCCAAUUUUUCCAGCUGAACAGGCCUCUAUGGGCUUUAAAAAAUAUGGUCCAAACUCAGAAAAAGUAAAGGAGAUCGUGUGGAAGAGGGCUUCGGAAUUAAAGGAGAACCCAGUGUUUAUCAUAGAUGGGGCAGAACGUGAAGAUAUCCGACAGGGAGGCUUAUUAGACUGUUGGCUCCUCGCCUCCGUCGCAUGUCUCACAUUGAAUCAAGAUUGCCUCUUCCGUGUGGUUCCACCAAAUCAAUCCUUUGACAAAGACUAUGCCGGGAUCUUUUAUUUCAAGUUUUGGCAGUAUGGACAAUGGAUGGAAGUGGUAGUGGAUGACAUGCUGCCUACAAAGAAUGGUCAGCUCACGGCUGCUAAGUCCAAUGCAUCUCAUGAGUUCUGGUGCCCACUUCUGGAAAAAGCCUAUGCUAAGAUCAAUGGAUCGUAUGAAGCCCUUGAUGGUGGUCAUGCUCUGGAAUCACUUGUGGAUUUCACUGGAGGGGUUGGUGAAACAUAUGAAACUGCGAAACCUCCAGCAGAUUUGUUUCAGAGAGUCAAGAGGACACUGAUAGAAAAGAGCUUGACCGCUAGUAGCACAGUAAGUUAUUAUAAUAUGAACAGACCCCAGAGGCAGAAGUUUGUCGAUGAUGUAGGAGAAACUAUUGACGAAAUGAAUAUUGUUGCAGGACAUAUGUACUCUAUAACCGGAGCAGAGGAGGUCACCUGUGAUGGAAAAGUGGUUCAAAUUAUCCGACUGAGGAAUCCCUGGGGUAAAACUGAAUGGAACGGACCCUUUAGUGAUGGAUCCCCGGAGUGGGACAAGGUGGAUCCCGACGUAAAAGCAAAACUCAAUGUUCAGAAUGAAGAUGGAGAAACUUGGAUGCCCUUAGAGGAGUAUAAGAACAGGUUUAAAGUAUUGGAGAUCUGUAACAUCCACCUGAGUGAGGUGUGCUGUGGUGACGACUUUAACUGGUCCCUGACAGAAUUCAAUGGAAGCUGGCAGAAGGACAUCAGCGAUGGAGGGAAGAAAGGUUUGGACAGAUUUAGCACCAACCCCCAGUACCGGAUACAAUUGAAGGCUAAAGAUGGUGAUGCCACCAAGAAACGCACUCUCGUUGUGUCUCUGACACAGAAGGAUCGAAGGAAGCAGAAAGCUGCCAAUCCAAAGUUGUGGUGGAAACUGGGGCAAACGGACGUCGGUAAGAAAGGAACAACUGAGGGAGCUCGAUGGAACGAUGAGGUAAAGUUCGAGACUCGUAUUCGCGUAAACAAGAUACGGGACAAAGGGCAGGAACUCCCGGAAAAGAAGGAUAAGACACAGAACGAAUCUGGGUCUUAG